AUGGAGAACAAGCAGCAGCAGCAACUUCCCACGGAGUUGUUCUGGGGUAGUCAUCACGAGAUUUUCCAAAUAGAAGGAUUCUGGUACCAUGCCCGGCAUAAGGAAUCCAUAGCCGCCUUCAGGUCAGAAUUCGAGCCGCGAAACGACGACAUUCUCUUGACAUCUUUCAUCAAAACAGGAACAACCUGGCUCAAAGCUCUCUCCUACAACAUCCUCGAUGAGGAAGAAAACGACGUUCUGGCGAAGAAGAACCCCCACGACGUCGUUCCCACGAUCGAGAUUGCUUUCCUCCAGGAUCAAGUCCAACACAUGUUGCUCAAUUCCCCUCCGGGUCGCAGCCGAUUGCUCCACACCCAUCUCCCCUGCAGUUACCUGCCGGAGAAGGUGAGGAGCUCCCCCCGGGGAUGCAAGCUCGUGCACGUGGCGCGAAACCCCAAGGACACGCUGGUGUCGAUGUGGCAUUUCUACAACAAGAACGUGAAAGUCUACCCAGAUGGCCCGUUCCCACUGGAGAGAGCGGUGGAGAUCUUCUGCAACGGGGCCGUGCCAUGGGGCCCAUUUUACGAGCACGUGGUGGAAUACUGGGAAGAGAGCAGGAGGCGGCCCGAGGAGGUGUUGUUUCUCAAGUACGAGGACCUGUGCAGAAACCCGGAGGAGCAACUGAGGAAGCUCGCCACGUUUCUUGGCCGGAAAACGGAUUUCGAUGUGGAGAAGGUACUGUGGCGGAGCAGUUUGAAUAGACUUAAGGAUUUGGAGGUUAACAAGAACGGUGCCCGUAAAGAUGCCCCGUACAUUCCCAAUUCCAUCCUUUUCAGGACAGGAACCGUCGGAGACUGGAAGAACUACUUGACUUCCGAUAUGGCUCGACGUGUUGAUAGCCUCACGCGAAUUAAGCUGCAGGGGACUGGGCUUUCUUUUGACGACGAGUAG